GUUGUUAUGACAGAUAACAUUGCCUAAAACUUGCUGAUCCUCUCUUUUAAAAUGCAGAUUGUAAGGAUCAAAACACUGUCUGGUGCAGGAAUGCUGCUUUUUGCUGCGCUAUUCAUUUUUAGCCAAACUUCAUAUGUGGCUUCCACAGAGGUGACCCAUUGGGCAGAGGUCAUGAUUGAGGGGAAUAAAACAUUAAAUGUUGCAGUCCAUCUGCCUGGACUUAUAGGGACUGUUCUGGAUACAAUAGGGGUAACUAUCACAAAUGCUGAAAUAGCAGCAGAGUGUGAGAUAAUUGGCCAAAAUUCAACAUGCUGGUGUGGACCAGACUAUGUUUGGAGCAAUCUUGUGUGUGACAAUGUAAAUAAAUGCUGCAAUGUGGACAAAUGUGUGGCAAAUAUUUCAUACUACACACCUCUGUGUCUGCCAAAAGUGAACGUUUCACUUAUUGGUGUACUCACUGGGAGCUCCUUAACGGUCCAAAACAUGCUGCAGAGUGCUUUUAAUGUGCUAAAUGCCUUCAACUCACUGACUAUGCAAGGCAGCCUUUACACAGGCACAAAUACCUACGCUCACAACUUCACAGUCUCUCUUAGUUCUGUGUUUGCCACCCCCAAAGUUCAAAGCAUAAUUUCUACACUGUUGACAGAUCCAACCAUUUACAGUCUCAGUCUCAAGUCACUAGGCAUGGUAUACAUGGAGGCACCUACAGGAAAAGUGUGUUACAAUUCAAGACAACAGCUGAACUGUACCAGUAUAGAGGCUAUGAGCAAGUGCGUGUGGCAGAUGUUCAGAGAUAAUGAAGCAGAAUUGACUCUGGGACCAGGGAGUGAAUUACAGCUGUCAGAUACUUGUACAGAACUUUCAACAAUCACACUUCUAAAGACAAAUGGAUACUGGUCAGGAACGUACAUCUGCCUUUUUGUCACUGGGAACAUAGCUCACAUGGCCAUGGCACCUAUUCAAAUUGCACUUCUGCCAGAGGUCAUUAAUGUGACAAGCAAUCCACAAACUGCAGAUUGUUCUGCAUCAACAUCCACCAAAGUUAGCAUCUUAUGUUCCAUCGAAAACAGUAUUGAAACCUACAGGGCCAUGCUAAAACUCGGAAUUGUUGAAAUUGCACCAGUUAAAGAAGAGAACAAUGGAAUAAUCAAGUAUACAGCAGAAUUCCCUGUUGAUUGUGUGGCAGAAGGCAAACCAAGUUCACUUGAGGUCAGCUGCACUUUAGAGAACUCCUUGAAUCAGCUGCGAAAUCGCACACUAAGAGUACCAAUCAUUUACCCCAGUGACCUGUUUUGUGCAGAGGAAGAAAUUGAAGAGAGAAAAUGGCCAAAAACAAAGAAUAAUGAAACAGCCAUUAUAGAUUGUACUGAAACAGGGAGACAGGGCUUAAUGAAACGCAAAUGCAUUGGAAAAAAAUGGGGGGAAGAACUCUCUCUGUGUGUUAAAGCAGUUCUGAAUAGUGUAGCUUUGCAAGCAAAGGAUUUUGAAAAAGGACUUGGAGCAACACAAGAAGGCGCUCAGUUUAUUUUUCAGAGCUUGAAAAAUAACACAUCUGAAGAGGGUGAAAACACUUUUGGUGACGUCAAGACUGCAGUUUCUGUUUUCGAAACUAUGAACAAGGCAUCAGUAAACAUGGCACUAGGCGAGAACCUUCUUGCAGAUUUCAUCGACUCCGCUAGCAGCAUGUUGAACGUAACCUGGGAAGUGGGAGACAAGGAAGAGAGCAGUUCACUGGCUACACAAUAUCUGUCAUCCGUAGAAGGCCUUGUGAAAAGCAUCCGAAUAAAUGCUAGUGAGGGCUACAACUCCUCAAACAUUCAGCUUCAGAUCUGCCGAAGUGGCAGCACUUGCAACAGAACCGUUUUCAACGUGGACGUUGAGCUGAAUGCCACAGCAGAUAUGGUGAAAACAGUAGGAUUGCAGAGCUUGGCCAACCGCCUGCCAAAACUGGGCUACGAGCAUGCAUCGUUUCCUAGCAUAGUCGUAUCCAGCACAGUUGAGAACAACACUCAGUCAUCGGUGAACAUCAAACUGGCUUUUCCAAAUGAACAGGGCAGCACAAUGACCUGCGUGUUCUGGAACGUCACUGAGCAAAGAUGGUCAGAUGAGGGCUGCGAGUUCGUUAAAGGCCCCGGAAACCUUGCAUACUGUGAAUGCAACCAUCUCACCUCCUUCUCCAUGCUCAUGUCUAAGCAUGCAGUAAGCAUGCCUUUUCUAGAUCAGCUCACGUACAUCGGACUGGGAGUCUCCAUAUGCUCUCUCAUCGUCUACAUCAUCAUCGAGUGUUUGGUCUGGAGCACCGUAGUCAAAUCCAACCUCUCCCACUUCCGGCACACUGCUCUCCUCAACAUCUCUCUGUGUCUGCUUUUGGCCGACUGCAGCUUCUUAGCUUCCGCCUUCCCAUCAGUCCUAAAUGAAACCUUGUGCCUUGUUUUGGUGGUGGCGAAGCAUUACUUCUUCCUUGCAAUGUUCUUUUGGAUGCUGUGUCUGAGCGUCAUGUUGGUCCACCAGCUCAUUUUCGUCUUUAGCCACAUUGGGAAAAAGGCGUACAUGAUCCUCGGAUUUACCAUUGGCUAUGUUUGUCCGACAGUGACUGUGGCUGUUACAUACGUGUACUAUGACCAAGCAAGUGACAUUCCGUACUACAGCUCCAAAACUUGCUGGCUUACCUAUCAGUCAGCAAUGCAGGGAUCCAUCCACGCGUUUCUCUUCCCAGUCGGGACCAUCAUUCUGGUGAACAUGUUUUCCAUGAUGGUGGUCAUUGCAACAGUUUUAAAGCCAUCUGGAGCUGAGAGCAACAAAAAGGGAGACAAAGAAGCUAUGAAAAGCAUAAUCAAAGUGGUUAUCUUUCUCACGCCUGUUUUUGGUGGGACUUGGGUUCUGGGGCUUUUUGUGUUUCUGAUGGAUGACUUUACACAGUUUAUUACAUUCGUAGUGCAUUACGCAUUCACCAUUGUCAACUCCCUGCAGGGCUUCUUCAUCUUGUUGACAGGAUGUUUUGCAGAAAAAAGGGUCCGAGAUGAAAUAUUGAAAAUAGUUCUAGGGAAAUCAGGAAAAGAUCAAGGAACAGUAACAACCACAAAAUAAAUGAUCCAUGUAAAUAAAUGCACACAAGAAGGAACAUGUAAAAAAUUAUAGGACAUUGAUCCACCUCUGAACCCACAGCAGCAACAAAAAUAGAAGAGGGAGCGCAACUGUUUGGUGAAGACCUAAAAGUACUUCUUGUACUUUAAAAGACUUAACAUCUUUGGAACAAAGUAUAGGCUGUGGUCAUCCCUUUUUAUUUACUACAUAAAAUUAGGAACAAACAGUGAGAAACAGAUACAAAAAAUAUAAUAGAUGUUCAAGUUUGUGUUUUUAAAAGAACAAUAUAAGUGCUGCUGUAUAUAUGUAGCAAUUAUCUGUAGUUUUCUACCCUGAUUGUUGUUGUCUUUUAUUUAACACUCUCUCUACAUGCAAUGUAAAAAGUGGUCACCUACCUUGGUUGUAAGCUGAUUAGUUUUAGCUCUGCUUCUAUUUUGCAAAACAUAAAGACCUAUGGCAUCAACUUCUAUGCACUAUUUAGUACUUCUGACAAAAUAUCUGAAGAACCAAAGUUAAUUUAACACAUCUUAAGCACUCUUCUUCAGAUUGACAAAUAUUUAUUUUUUGUUUUUUUCUCUUGUUAGACCUAUUUCCUUGUUUCUUUUAAAGGGAUAUGGAAAAUAGAGAGAUGAGAUUGUUAAUAAAGAUGUUUAUUGUAAGAUGAUUAAUUAAUAAAAUACGUUGCUUAUCAAA